GACCAGGUUGCAGCCAGCAGCCAUGUGGUUUCUGCUGAUGGCGCGAAGUGGUCGACCGCGUCUCGGGACCCAGGUCUGUGGGCCUGGCUGAGGUCCAAGGCCUCGUCCGUGCGGCGCAAGCUGGGUCACCCUCCUGGAGGAGGACUUUCGCGCAUAAAGAGAAAGUGGCGCGGCGGAGCAGACAUUGAUGAACUUCGUCAACAAACCACGACAGCCUACUUCCGUCCUGUUGGUGUCAACCAAAAUGCUCGAUUUCGGGCGUCGCUCGCCGAGCAAGCGUGUCGCCGUGUGAGGAAAGCAGAAGAUCAACAUGAACAAGACUUCAUAGUAGCGAGCCGCCCGGCCCUCAAGUUAGUGGUUUCAGUCCAGGAUCUCCGCUUUCUGACAAGGGACUCCAAAGACGUAGACCUGCCCACCGCGUCGCUGGAGGACGAGAGCAAACAAGCUUUCGUGGUGAUUCGAGUGGGGCAGUUCGCGGAAGUUUGCGCGCGCAUCUGGGGAAGUCAACAACAACCGUCGGCAGGAGAAGUGUGUCUAUGGUCCGACAUCGACGACCCCGACCUACAAAUCUAUUUUGAGGCCUGGCGUGGCGGUCGGUGUCGUGCAACGGUGGGAAUUCCGCUCCGGACGCUCGGGCGCAACCGGAAAGCGAGGCACCGAUGGCUGCUGAAAAACACGGAGAGCAUUCGACAGCACGGCGUUUCUCGCGAGAACCUUGCCGUGGCCGAACUUCGCUGCGCGGUGGUGGUGUGGCACCCACUCUCUCACUUGUUCAAACCCCUGCCCCGGCAUCGGCUGAUGCAGCAGCGAGCACUCCGAGUACAGAACGCGCUGAUGCGAACACGUAUUCUUGACAAAGAGGAGAUUGACCGGAUAAAGCACUUUUUCAAACGGGGAGAGGCCUUGGCGAAGCGGAUGAAGCGUAGUUCGGAACGGUGGAAACGUAUUGAGCGGUGGGAAGACCCAGCGUUUAGUUUGGUGGUUCUCGCAUUGUUGCUCAUGCAUAUUUUAUGCUCCCUGGAAUUUUCUGUGGUCCUCGUUUUCCUUUACCUUUGCUGCAGCCAGCUCCAGUGGCCGACCUCGCCCAAGCCUCUUUCCGCACCAGGGCAAGUCCAGCUCGGUCAACACACCAGGAGCAACAGCAUAUCUCAUCUGCUCAAGAAUGAUGGACGCAAGGACUUGCCCCAAAAGGAUGACGUCCUGCAGAAACCCUGCUCACGAAUGUUGACUACGCAGAUUUGCUCCGGCACGGCAGCCGAUAUCUCAAGGAGAAUCGUUCGAUCGGAUCAUGAUGGCACUGGCACCAGGUUGGGUAGAACCAUUGAAAGUGGGCGGAUGGCGAAAGCCAAAACCAUCGCAGUGUUGCCCAGUCCACGCCACGAAGAUUACCAGGGUCAUAAAACUCUACCUCGACUAGCGCAUGCGGCAACAGCGGUUCCAAAUUUUCAUGCCGGAACAGCAGGAAGGAAAAACCUAGAAGCCACCUACUUGACCGGCCCUAAUGGUGCAAAUCACUGUCUUGCGGGGUGCCGCGUAGAGCAAGAAGAAGAAGGAGGCAGUGAGCACCAGAUGAGUGUCAACAUACGCAAAAACUCGCCAAAUGACAAGAAAGGCACCGGUUUGCUCGCAGCGCCAAGACGCAAAGACCUUGAAGCCACGACAAGACCGAAGAUGACCAGAAGCAACGCCGUCGCGGCGGGCGGAGAAAGAACACACUUCGCUCAUGAUCGGUCAGCUGCCGCGCUAGUCGCGCCGGCUGGGCUGCGACAGGUUGUGUCAGGUAUAGAUGCUGAUCUUCCAGAAAGCAUCCCGACGACAAAACUGGAAAAGAAAGGCUGGUGGUUGGACGCUUUGCUCGCGACUGGAGCAGCAGGUGCUGCAGCAGUACUAUCUCCGUCAUCUGCUUGUAAGAACAGCAACUGGACCGCAACGCAAAGGUCUGACUCUGAGCGCGUCUUCCUGGCGAGUCUUGUAGUUCC